GCUUCUGCAUGAGCCAUACGCUGGGAGCGCGGUCUGAUCCGCGAGUGGGUGAACUGGAACAACAAUGUUGUCAACAUGGUUUGUGGGACGCACCACAGUAGCAUUCUCAAAAUAUGCAUCAAAGUUGAAUGCAUAAAACAUCGUUACCAUUAGAGAAUAAAAUACGAGCACGGUUUGGAAAAUUUAUUUUAUUCGUGCAACCCAAGGCCCUGCCCAUGCAACAACACCGGUGGUGUUGGCCCAUGUCACUGGAUACGUUUUAUAUUAUUACGAUUAAUCGAAGCUAUUACAUCGAUUGUCAAAUAAAAAUUUCUGUGUAAGGUGUUGUAAAAGAAUUUCACUAGACUAACUUUUCUGUGAUUCGUCCGUGAAAGCUAGACGUGUAUUCGUGUGUAUGGUUGGAGAUCACCGGUUACGUCAAAAUUUUUAGGGAAAUGAAAUUGGUUCAAAGAAUUAAGACCUAUAGGAUAUCAUUUUUAUGCUGUAUACUUGUGUGCCACUUCUUCUACAAUCCAACAGAUAGUGGAGCCGUACAACUAACUACCGGCAACCUCGACACAAUCCUAGCUUCCAACGAGCUGGUGAUCAUCAACUUCUAUGCGGACUGGUGUCGCUUCAGCAACAUGCUGGCGCCCAUCUUCGACGAGGCGGCCAGCAAGGUGCAGGAGGAGUUCCCGGAGCAGGGCCAGGUCGUCAUGGGCAAGGUUGACUGUGACAAGGAAGGUGCGGUGGCGACUCGCUUCCACAUCACCAAGUACCCCACACUGAAGGUGAUGAGGAACGGCCAGCCGACCAAGCGGGAGUACCGGGGCCAGAGGUCCGCGGACGCAUUCCUGUCGUUCGUCAGGAAGCAGCUGGCCGACCCCAUCAAGGAGUUCAAGGACUUGAAGGAGCUGCUGGAGCUGGACGACUCUAAACGGACAGUGAUUGGUUACUUUGAUCGCAAGGAUGUCCCAGAGUACAACAUUUUCAGAAGAGUGGCCACGAACUUGAAAGAAGACUGCCAGUUUUUCGUCGGCUUCGGGGAGGCGAGCGAGCGCAUGCACCCGCCCGGCACGCCCAUCGUGGUGUUCCGGCCCGACAAGGUGCGCUCCAACGACAAGGACGAGACCUUCCUGGGCAGCCUGAAGGUGUACGACGAGCUGAACGUGUGGGCCUCGGAGAAGUGCGUGCCCCUGGUGCGCGAGAUCACCUUCGAGAACGCGGAGGAGUUGACGGAGGAGGGCCUGCCCUUCCUCAUCCUGUUCCACAAGCCGGACGACAACGACAGCGUCAGGAAGUACGACGACGUCGUGUUGAACGAGCUGUACUCGGAGAAGCAGAACGUCAACUUCCUGACGGCGGACGGGGUGAAGUUCGCGCACCCGCUGCACCACCUGGGCAAGAGCCAGAGCGACCUGCCCCUCAUCGCCAUCGACAGCUUCCGCCACAUGUACCUGUUCCCGGACAUCAAGGAGAUGGAGGUCCCGGGCCGGCUGAAGGCCUUCCUGCAGGACCUGUACUCCGGGAAGCUGCACCGGGAGUUCCACUACGGGCCGGAGCCCGUCACGGACCCCCUGCAGCAGAUCGAGGGCAGGAAGCCCACCAGCCCCCCGGAGUCCACCUUCAAGAAGCUCGCCCCCUCCAAGAACCGGUACACGCUGCUCAGGGACGAGUUAUAGGCGUCGGCGGCUGCGGGUGCCGCCGACUCCCUCCGUUUUGUACAUUUGUAACAUGUGUACAGUCGUCGAGUGUGGGGGUUCAGCAGACGAGCAACCGUGUCCGUGCGGAGAACGUGACAGUUUUACUGAUUUAGCGUGUGCACUGGUGAUUGGUUUUUAUUUAUUUUACUUUUGUGAACUCUAAAAUAAUUUGUAUCAUAUAUUUUGAAAAAAAAAAAACACACACACACACACACACACACACACAAAGAUCCUUUGUAAGUCACAUAAAAUAUUUUAGCGUAGUAUUGAAAUAAAUUAAUCACAGUUUUGGCACACAGGUUAUACAUAUGUUCUAUAUUAAAAUUAAGGCCAUUUAUUUAGUUUUGCUGGUCGCUUUCCAAUGGUUAGUUUGAUAUGUGUUAUUUUUGAUGUGUGGUUAUCUGUUUGCUGAACUUUCACACCAGCUUAAGACAAAAAAUUAGUAUUAAUAAGGUAAAUGUGUAUUUAAAAGAAAUUUGAAAAGUUUUGUUUUGUAAAGCUUUCUAGUGAACAUGUUCUCUUUGUGAAUUUGUUGAAUGCGCAGUAAAAAUUUAUACAUUUAAAUUGCUACAGGCAAGAAA